UAUCACUUUGUUGGCAACAUUAAACCAACGGGCAGAUCAUAGAUGAAGACAAGUGGCAGAUGUCAGGGUGACAUUCAGGAAAAAUGGGGGAUGUUGCUGAAGACAAAAAGCAGAAAUUAGCAAAUACACGAAAACGAUUCAAAGAACUGCAGGAAUUGAAGAAGAAACGCAACGACUGCACCAAGGCCGGCAACUUGAAUCCAGACAGUGCCCAAUCCAGCAGUAGAAACACACCCAGUGAUCUGCGCCCCCCGCAGGAUGACUCCAUAGGGAAUGCAACAGUUUCGCCUAUCUCUAGCGCUCCAGAAGAAAGCCCUGAUGGCUCGCAACAGAAUUAUGCUUCGGAGAGUGUGCCCUCCAGUAUCCAAUAUGUGGAGCAGGACGAAGAGUCCGCAUUACCCAGCGAUUACGGGUCCUCGAACUAUCAAGCCCCAGCCACAUUUUUCGAUAGCAUUUCGCCCACAAACGACGCAGAAAAACAAUCUGACCACACUAGCCCGUCUCUGCUAACAUAUUUCAACACACGGGAUGAAAAACCCACUGAAAAUAUAGGUCUACCUAGGUAUUUUGACAAUUUGAACAGUAGUGCGGUAAUAUGGGAAAACACCAUUCCAGAGAACAAAAACUCUUGUCAGGAAGGCUAUCAGUUGUUCCCUAGUCCGGAUCAGAUCAGUCACAAUUCGCCCGAUGAAGUGGCAGCAACGGAUGAUGUGCUUUCUGACAUUGAUCCGGAACUGAAGAAAAGCGAGCAGGAAAUGAGCGAAUUGGCCCAAGCAAGAGCGGAUCAACUAAAAUUUGGGCCUUUUCCAGAAGCUCAGUCUGGCGACAACAACUUGGACAACAUAUUUUCGCCACAGAGUAGUCAGAAACUAUUAGACUACUUAGGUUCCACCGGAGCAACUGAAGAAGAAAGGAGCAGCAUCUGCCACACCAACCAGGAAAUCGACAGUUCAGCCGAUUUAACAAAAAAAGAGAUUCAAUACUCGAACGUUGAGGGUCUGAAGCAACUCUCUGAGCAGUUGGCGCAGAUGAUGGAGCCGGACUAUGAUAAUUACUCCUCAGGCUCAAUCACCGAUCUGGAGAAGCGCAACAUUGAGCUGGCGGCUCAUUUGGACCAGGAAAGGCUUCAAUCCGAGCAGCUGCGAGCCGCAAAUUCCCAGCUGGAAGCCCGUGUAGCUCAGCUGGAGGAGGAUCUGAGCCGCAUGGAGCUGGGCUCGGAGCUUCAAAGCGCCCAGCAAACCAUGCAAAUGAAGAGCGAGCUUCAGACGCAUCUGCAAACCAUCGGUUUGCUGGUGGCUGAGAAAACUGAGCUUUCCUCUAAUCUGAGCCAGUAUGAAAUCAGCUGCAAGCAGAAGAUUACUGAGUGUGAGGAGCUGCAGGCAAGGCUGCGCGCCUCUAGAACAAGAGUGGCCGACUUGGAAAGGGAACUAGCUGGCUUGAAGUCCGACAAGGUGAAGUUCGAGAGUGCAGGCGAACAAUAUGGGGCCAGCUUAGAGGCUCUGAAGCUGGAGUACGCCGCACUGAAGACCCAGAAAGAGGAGCUGGCGCAAGACCUGUUGGAAGCCAGGGAAAAACUGAAGAACGCCCUAGAGGAAAACCUGCAGUUGCAGCAGUCGAAUAAGGAUUUGGCUGGCAAGCAGUCGCUGGCCGAAGUGAAAAUACAGCAGCUCUCCUCUGGAGGCACUGCCGGCAUGGACCAUCAGCUGGCGCAGCUCACUCAAGAGAAAUUUGCGCUGCAAAGUGAAAUCGCCAGCUUAAACCAAUCGCUGAAGUCCAUUAUAAAGGAGCGGGAUGAAUCAACAGUCCAAUACCAGCAGUAUGCCCAGCAGCUUAACGCCCAAAUCUCCAGCCUGGGCUCCAAGCUGGAGCAGCUGCAACAGGAAAGGGAGACCCUAGUCCUGCAGGACCAGAGUAGGAUCAGCCACAUCGGCACCUUGGAAAAGCAACUGCAGGUGCUGCAGAACGACCAGAUCACUUUUGCCACGCGAAACUCCCACAGUGCGGAUGUGCGCCACGACUUGGACAAGUCCAGGGAAAUGUGCGUUCAACUGCAAAUCGAAAAAACCUCCGCUGAAGAAAACUAUACGAGAGUAUCCAACGAGAACAAGCUGCUGAUGAAGGAGCUGGAGGCGAAAACCGACUCGAUUGCUCAGUUGGAGAGCAUGAUCGAACAGCUUCGCGGCAAUCAGCCGGACAGCGUGAAGUUACUAGCGGCAAUGGAAAGCGACAAAGUGGCCGCUUCCAGAGCCAUCCAGCAAAACAAGGAGCUCAAGCAGCAGCUGGAGAGCAUGCAGGAGGUUUUCAGAAAAAUGGACGACGAUAAAGUGGAGCUGACCGAGAACUUGAAGGGGCAGCAGCAGGCCAACAAGGACUUAUUGGAGAAACUCGUCAAAGCCGAGGCCACCAUGCAGUCCUUGGCCGAAGCCAUUGACAUCAAGGACGUGGAGCUCACCCGCCUGAGAGAGGCGUGCGAAGAUUUGAAGAAACAUGCAAUGCAGCACGAGCAGCGUGAAGACCGACUAAGACACUAUGAAGCUCAUGACAAUUCCGCGCAUAUUCUGCAGCAAGAGCUGCUGGAAGCCAAGCAAACCAUCGCCAGGCUUGCUCUGGAUCGGCAGCCGGAACCCAAGCGCGAAAAUGGUGAUGUUGAGCAAGCCAAUACGGCGUUUUCCAAAGAAGUUGACAAACUCAAUGCCAUGGCGCAAGAAGCCAUCGAAAACAUUGAACAGGCGGAGGGCGACACCGUCCUAAACCAGGAAAAUGUGAUGAAGCACCUGGAGGAAAAAGUGAAGCGCACCAUGCAGGAAAUAGCGGACCUGACGGACGAAAAGCAGCGCCUCGAGCACAUCGUGACGCAGCUGCAGAGCGAGACUGAAACCAUCGGGGAAUACGUGGCGCUUUACCAGCGGCAGCGCAUGGUGUUGAAGCAGCGCGCGCUGGAAAAGGACCAGCAACUCAAGCAGCUCGCCGGCGACAGGGAGCAGGUGAAACUGAAGCUGGACAAGCUGAAUGAGCUCAUCAAGCAGCUGGUGACGGAAAAAGGCUCGCUGCCCGCGGAACUGCUGCAGCACCAGGAAUCCAUGAACAGCCAGAUCGGCAACUUUUGCGAGGAACACAGCAAAAUGAACGAGGACAUCAACAAAAUCAAGAUAACCAACGUGUCGAACGUGAGCCAAACCAGCCACACAGCCGAGGAAAUUAUUACGCUGCUAUCGGAAAUCAAAACCAGCAACUUAGUGGAGCCGGACGAGAACUUCCAUCACUGUCCCUGGUGUUCUGGGCAACUGAUGACUGUUUGAAGGCUAAACUACUGACUGGAGCUGAUAUGUUGGCUCUCAUGUGCCCAUGGCUGAGUUUUUUACACUUUUUUCUCAUAAUAAUUGUUCUUACUGGUUGCUUACCACCACAUUUUUUACUAUCAAUAGAUGCUUUGUACAGUCCAA